GUACCGCCGAUACGGUAAUAUUACCGCGCCAAUCGAUAAGCCCAUCACGUGAUGGCGAUCAAUAGUCCAUUUCCUCUUUGGGACUGGCGGGAUCCGCUCCCGACGCUAACUGGCUUCUUUUUUUGCAUUUCCGCCUCAAGAUCACGCGGGCUGCAAGCAAUCAUCAACCAUGGCCCCAAAACGAACGCGCGAUGAUGGAAACGUGAAGUCCGGGCCUGGAAAUACGGAGCAGCCGCCCGCCAAGAAGAAGAAGGGCUUCUCAGUCGGUCCAGCUAAUCUACCAGAUGGGACAUAUCGAAGGAAAACCCAGAAGAUCAAAAAUGACCUGAUCCAAAAAGCAAAAGUCAAAAAAGCCUACGCCAAGAUCAAAGAGCAGGAACUUGCGGAUAUCAAGCCCGUCUUUACGGACAAAGACGAGGAACACGACAAAGAUGGCAGCGCGCAGCCACAGUCCGCAUCGUUGGAACUCCAUCCGGAUCGUCUGGCGAUGCUGAAUGCUCCGUCUCCCGAACCAGAGCGUCGGCCGAGGAAGGACAAUUCGACCAGGACCAAGAACAGUCGCGACGAGAAUGGACGGCGGAAACGUCGUCCUAAGCCGUCUGCCUUCGCCAAGGAGAUGGAGAUCGCAGAGAAGCGGAGGCAGGAGGCUGAAGCGAGGAGGAAAGAGAGGGAGGCCAGGCUGAAGGAACGGGAAGCCAUGGCCAGGGCCAAGAAGCCAGAUCAGUUCGGGAAGAGGAGACUGGGACGGGAGAGUAAGGUCUUGUUGAGUAAGGUGCAGCGCGUGAUGGGUCAGGCUCAGACAUGAUUUGAAACGGCGAGAAACAAAAGUUCAUGAUGAUACCCAGCUAGAUGUCUUGUUCAUUGUUCAAUGGAAUUGAAAUUGGAAUUAUUGGUACUACAGUAUACGUUCAUUUCGUUAUAACCCAGCUUCGAAGCAGAAGGCUAUAUCAUUUCCCUCGAAUGCGCCGCAAAGCCUGAACGCAU